GCGUCGGCAGGCGGAAACACACAAAAACAGCGGUUCGGAAUCCGGAUAAUUUCUUUUUCAAAAUCCAAAAUGUGUUUUACUUUAUUCGCACGAAGAAUAUUUUUACAUGCUUAAAAGUCAUUAUGGAACUUAGUUGAAUUGAACUUUGGAAAACAGAUCUGUACAGCUUGCUUCGAAGAGAUGCUUUCCAGUCACCCGUGAGAUAUGAAUUUGAAAGAAGCUCUUGAAAAAUACGUUCAGAAUACGAAAUACGUCUUUUUUACAGAUGCGGCUGAAUAUUUGGCCAAAGAAGUCAAUCAUUUCAAAUUUCAAUGUGAGAAUAGAAGUGUUAAACUACCUUUCCAAAUCCCGAGGUUCUAUUUCAAAGUUCCAACGGAAAAUGAUGUUAUGCAACAGCGUCUCCGUGAAGAAGCACGGUCCAAUUUUUUACAACGUCGAAACAAAGAAUUAUUGAAAAAUGAUGAGCUCAAAGAUCUGUGGUCACUUCUGGAUGAACAUCAAAUUCAUGUGAAUGGCGAAGAAGGUUUUCUGAGUUACGAAAACUUUUUAAGAGUGGCUUCCUUAGCUGAAAAUAAAUACAAGAAAUACUUUUCCCCGAGUAUAUUUGCGAAAUUACAACAACCAGAAUCAUAUGGAAAAGUUAAUACAACCUGUUUAUUUAAUUACAUUAUGAGGAAAGUAUGGUUGCAUCAAACAAGAAUUGGUUUAUCGAUAUAUGAUAACACCGGAGAAGGAUAUUUGAGACAGGAAGAUUUGGAAAACUAUAUUUCAGAACUUAUACCCACAUUGCCGCAGUUGGAUGGCUUAGAAACUUCAUUUCAUAAAUUUUAUAUCUGUACUGCUGUCAGAAGGUUUAUGUUUUUUUUGGAUCCCCUACAUACAGGUCGCAUUCGAAUACAAGAUAUUUUGGCGUGCGGUUUCCUUGAUGAAUUGAUUGAGUUGAGAGAUGAGGAAUUAUCCAAAGAAUCUCAAGUUAACAAUUGGUUCUCUGCGUCUUCUGCGCUGCGAGUGUAUGGUGAUUAUUUAAAUUUAGAUAAAGACCACAAUGGCAUGUUGAGUAAAGAAGAACUUGCUUGUUAUGGAACCGGCUCGUUGACAAAAGUUUUCAUUGAUCGAGUAUUUCAAGAAUGCAUCACUUACGAUGGAGAAAUCGAUUAUAAAACAUACUUGGAUUUUGUUCUAGCUUUAGAAAAUCGGCACGAACCUCAAUCGUUGCAUUACCUUUUUCGUAUUCUAGAUAUUAAUGGACAGGGUUAUCUGGACAUAUUUUGUUUGAACUAUUUUUUCAAAGCUAUUCAAGAUUUACUCAAAAUGAAUGGUCAAGAACUUGUUCCAUUUGAAAACAUUCAAAAUGAAAUCUUUGACAUGGUGAAGCCUGAACAACCGGAUCGUAUCACUUUGAAAGAUUUGUUGCACUGCGAACAAGGAGAUACCGUCGUUAGCAUACUGAUAGAUUUGCACGGCUUUUGGAGUUACGAAACUAGAGAGAUGGCUGCUGCGGAAACUACCUCAGACAUUUCGCGGAAGUGAAGUUAUUGUGUUUAUCACUUGACAAUGACUGCCUUUAUUUUUAAAAAUACAAUUUUUUAAAAGAACUAUUUUAUAAGACGCCAAUUUAUGUUUUUUCAGAAAAGAAGUAUUGAAAUACAAAAUAGCAUUUUCAUAAUA